UUCUUCAUUUGGAAACAUGGGGGUGUCAGGCAUUGGACGAGUGGGUUUUGGAAUGGGCAGAUUUUCAGCUCCAUUCCUGAAAGAAGAUUGUAUAAUUUCAGCUAUGAAUCUGAUGAAAAUGGGAGCUAUUUCAGAUACCUUGUCAAGGAUAAUUCUGUUAUUUCAAGGCUAGUGAUGGAUGUUUCUGGCCAAAUCCAGCUAUUCACAUGGUCAGAGGUAACCCACGCAUGGAGCAAAUUAUGGUCUCAACCAAGAGGAGUAUGCGACUUUUAUGCCUACUGUGGGCCAAACGGUGCUUGCGACGAUCACUCAUCAUCAUCAUGCAAUUGUUUGAAUGGGUUUGAGCCUCGUUCACCUAGAGAAUGGGAAUCAAAAGUGUGGUCUGCUGGGUGCAUGAGGCGAACACCGUUGAGGUGUGGUGAUGGGGAUGGGUUCAUGUUGAUGAAGAAGAUGAGAUUGCCAGCUCCCUCACAUUCCCUCCCAGAUUCGAGCCUACAGCUCAAAGAUUGUAAGGCUACAUGUAGGAGUGAUUGUUCAUGUACCGCUUAUGCUUCUGUUAAUGAGAACGGCACUGGAUGUCAUCUUUGGCACAAGGAGCUGACAGGUCUUCAAGAAAACAACAGCAGUGGGCAAGAUAUUUAUGUUCGUCUAGCAGAUUUCGAACUGGAUGAUGGAAGCAAGAGACGUCUAUGGAUAAUCGCUCCAGUUAUAAUCCCUUCGAUGCUUCUUGUAUUUGGCAGCAUCAUUUGUUAUUUCUGGAGGAGAGUGCUCGUCCGGCGUAGAACAGAGCUAAGACAUAAAGCCAAGAGAGAAACAAGAGUGGCCGAAUCACUGCUAGAUUUAGGCAUUAACAUGUCCACUAUCAACAAAUCUCUGCAAGGUGGGAAGGACAGCUACGACUUUCAAGUAUUCAAUUUCGCUACUAUUUCAGCUGCUACAGGUUACUUCUCCGUCACAAAUAAGCUAGGAGAGGGAGGUUUCGGACCUGUUUACAAGGCAUGGGAGCUGUGGACGAAUGGAAGGGGCUCUGAGUUGAUAGACCCAACGCUGAACGAUUUAUCUCCCAUAGGGGAAAUCACAAGAUGCAUCCACAUGGGACUUUUGUGUGUGCAAGAAAGUGCAAAGGAUCGGCCCACCAUGUCAAAUGUGGCCGCUUUGCUUAGCAAUGAAACUGCGACUCUGCCCACUCCAAAACGACCCGCAUUUUCUUUAGGGAAAAACUCAUCAAUAACAAUUCCAGGAUCUUGUUCAGUCAAUCUGAUGACGAUAUCUGUGAUGGAAGCUAGAUAAAGGCCUGAUUUGUUUUAAAGACAUUUUCUAUUUUAUUUUAUACAAAAUUACUUCA